AUCAUCAGCGCGCGCCGGCUGCAGCCGCAGUUGCUGUCGUCAUCAGCCGUGCGCGGCCGGGGAGAGCGACUUUCGCGACCGAAGUCUCCGUUAGUGACUGUUUCUACUCGUGUGCGUACCCAGCCUUGGAAAUAGAAAUUGUACAGAACAUUGAUCCUGUGAUUUGUAGCAUCUUCAGAGAAGAGCCAGUAACAUUGUUGAAAAGCCCAUGUCAUCAGAAAUGCCACCAGAAAACCUUGUGGUAACCAAGGUUCCUGAUACAGAAGACAAUAUUAAAUUUGGCAUUGAUCAGACAGAAACCAAGGAGUCUGCAUUGGAAAAAAUGGAGAAUAUUGAAGCUAUGUCUAAGAAAAAAAGAAAGAAGCUAAUGAGACAGAAACAGUGGGAAGAACAAAGAGAUCUGCGCAGGCAGAAACGUAAAGAAAAACGCUUGAAGAGAAAACUGGAGCGCCAGUCUCAGCUGGAAUCAAAUUGUGAAGGAAGUGUCCGAAAACAUAUACGUAUGGAUGUUGUUCCUAGUACCCUUCGCCUUAUAAUAGACUGCAGUUUUGACAGUUUAAUGGAGUUAAAGGAUGUGAAGAAACUUCACAAGCAAAUUCAGAGGUGUUAUGCAGAAAACCGCAAAGCACUCCAUCCCGUACAGUUCUACUUGACCAGCCAUGGAGGCCUCCUGAAGGACAACAUGAAUGAAACUGACAAAGGAUGGGUGAAUUGGAAGGAUAUCCAUAUUAAAUCGGAGCAUUACAGUGAAUUUAUGAAGAAAGAAGAUCUGGUGUACCUUACAUCAGACUCUCCUGACGUCCUGAAUGAACUGGAUGAGACCAAAGCCUAUGUCAUUGGUGGGUUGGUGGACCACAAUCAUCACAAGGGAAUCACAUACAAAAGAGCACAAGAACAGGGUAUAAGUCAUGCACAGCUUCCACUGGGGAUCUUUGUGAAAAUGAACAGCAGGAAAGUUCUAGCAGUGAAUCAUGUGUUUGAGAUCAUUCUUGCCUACUUGGAAAAGAGAGACUGGAAGGAGGCAUUUUUCACUGUCUUGCCACAACGGAAAGGAGCCAAAUCUCUGAAUGAGACAACUGAAGCUUCUGCAUGCAACAAGGCACAAGAGUCAGAACUGGUUCAAGAUGCAGCCGCAGAUAGACUAAGCUCCAGUGGAUGCAAAUAGGCAUGGAAGGGCCUCGGAAGGCAAGGACUGGGAGCUGAAUGAAUCCACAGGAAGAGUAUAUCGUUCUGGUGGUUGGAAACUGGCUAUUUCAAGCACGGAACGUGUUGCCAUAUCUUGACUGUAUAUUUACUUUUAAAAUAUUUGAUUUUAGUAGCUUUUGAAUGGACUAAAAGGCAGUUGCAGAGACCUUUAUGUUUCCCAAGGAAGCAGAUAUUUAUUUUCCCCUAAAUAUCAUUAUCAUUUACCAAGCAGUUACUCCUGCUCCUCCCAUCCCUGGUCUGAAGCUAGGAACACACAAUGUUUGUUAUGGCUUGACCAGAACAUGCAUGCAACUUUUGAUUUGUUCCUAUUCUGGGUGUUAUACUCAAACCUGCUCUUCUCUCCAUCCAUAAUUGGUGACAAUUUAGCAGUCUGGUCUUCUGAUUUUUGUUUUGGCAAAAGCAUAACAAGUUCCACUUGGAUUUGUAAUGUGGAUUUUUCUGUCUGCGGGGGGAGACUUUUUCCCUUUCUAUUUUUAUCGUAAUACAGCACCCUCCUAAUUCUGGGUAUAGAUAUUAAAUUAGACAUAUUGGGUCAGCACUGAGAUUCCUUCUACAGGUCAACUCUGAUUGAUGGCCUUGCUGCAAAGUAGCACAUUUUGAGUACAUUUAAAAUGGUACCGUUGGAGCCUGUUUUCUACUUUUGCAGCCUGUACGGCACCUGGGCCAGUUCCCAGGAGAAGCCAUGUUAAGUCAAAUUUUAUUUACGGUCCUAGACCAAACAAGAGAAGCCAUGUGGAUUGGAGUAAGAUCUGUUGUAUGUGCUCCUCCAUCAUGGCUUGGGAUUUCUCACUUUCAUUGCGGUGCUGAAAAUGUAAUGUAAGAAAGGGCCCAAAGUGCCUCUGUAAUUUGGCUGGCAGUUGUGACAUAGUGGCAAGCUUUUGUCACAAUUUGCAUUCACUUCCUUUACAGGCAAGUAUAUUAAACUACUGUGUCUUGAUGCUGGGACCUAAGGAAACAUUGAAUAUAUAAAGGGUUUCAGUUUUCAGGAGAUCAGAAUUAGGGAUGUGCACGGAACUUGUGACUGUCAAUUCGAAGGUGGAGGGGAUAACUUUAAGGACGGGAGAGUGCUCCCCCCCCCGCUGCUGCCACAUUUCCCCAGCUGGCACUGUCAUUGAAAUCGGUCCAGAACGGCAGCAGUGUAUCUUGCCGCCCCAGUAUGUUGCGGACCAGAAGUGUCCGCUGCGACGUGUGCACGUGCAGUGGACACUUCCAGCCAUUUCCGGUCCGCAACAUACCAGGGUGACAAGGAGGUACACUGCUGCCCCAUGGGACUGAUUUUAAUGACAGCGCUGGUGGGGGAAAUGCAACGCAGGUGGUGGUAAGAGCACCCUCCCUAGUCCUUAAAGUCAACCACCCCACCUUUGAACUGCCGGACUUUUGAACCGGUUCAGAGGCAGUGUUCCCUGUAAGAGGGAUUUGCAGAUGAUGAUGACUACAACUCCCAUAAUCCCCAGGCAAAGGCCAUUGCAGCUGGGCAUUCUGGGAGUUGUAAUCAACAACAUCUGUGCAUCCCUCUUACAGGGAAUACUGUCUGAAGGUCCAUAAACGGCUUCCGAACCAGUUCUGUGCACAUCCCUAAUUGGGAUUACUGUAAAUUUCACUCUAUAGCAACACUUUGUUAUGAUCUAGCCAAAUCUAAGCCCUUUUGAGUCCCAUUCAUUUCAGUGAGUGUCCCGCAUCAUUAUUAUUAUUAUUUAUUUGAUUUCCCGCAUGUGCUGAAAUUAAUGGGAUUUAAAUAUGGUUACACUUUGGCUACAGUGUAACUAUCCAGUUUUAAAAGUUGGUCACAUAAAAUACAAUGGACUGUGUACUGUUCAUUAAAACAGUAGUGUCUUGUCCUAAUGGUACGGCAAUCAACGUUUCUUAUUUUAGUAGCUCCUACUUCUUUUUGCCAAUAAACCAAUAUCUUGAGCAGCAAAUCUACAAGUGUUAUAAUGGUAGAUCUACAGGUUACAAAUAUUUAACCUGAAGAAUGAAUUUGCAAAGUCAAUAGAGUUGUGUAGAUCUUAUUUGCAUGUCGGUGCCUUCCUGAAAGUGGAAGCCUCUCCGUUUCCUCCAGGUGACCAUUGUAUCGAAGUUGUAUGAUUCUGGAACAUUCCAAACUAUUUCUCUUGGUUGAAUAACUACUAGUUAGCUUUAGCAGAAAUGUAAAACUGAAAGCAAGGAGGGACUGAGGGCAUAGAGCUGCUAAAGGGGAAUUUUUCAGUACUUGCCUCUUGAAGUUGGGUUUUCCCAUUCCAAGUACAAGACUGAGUAUGCUACACCACAUUGGCUGCCAUUUAUAAGAAGCCUCACACAAGUGUAGUUGGCGGGGAAAAGUAAUGGCACAUUUUCCAAUAACAGAAUACCAUAAGUGUUGCUACUAGACAGAACUGUCUUGCCUAGAUGUUGGCAGCUACACUCCAUCCACAACAGGACUGAUUCCACUUAUGCCUUUUAGUCCAAAACCACCCAAACCAUGGUCUAUCUUGGUUUAAAAAGUAAUCCUGAAAUGCUCAUGGCUGUUGCUUUAUCCCCGGUUUCUCUCUAGUCUUACUAGAGAAUGGUUGAUUGCACCUCCAAUAACGCUGUGAAUAUUGUUCAAUACACAGAUUUUCAUGUUAA